AUGUCAAACAACGCCCGAGUGCGGCCAGCAAUCCCAUCAAACCAGCUGUUGUCUGGUGCGUUGCCCACCAAUGGCGCUGGCAACGCAAUCCCAAUACCAUUGGACUGUCAAUACCUCAAUUUCAGUCAGUCCGAUCACUCAAACCAAACAGAGUCUCUCGGCUCACGCUUCCUGGAAGAAUCAGCCGCCGUGUACGCCCAAACGAAUCUCGUUAGUGCACAUGCUCCGCGCGACGGAUCCUCGCCACUCGAUGCCGAAUUUCGAGUUCACCAAGUGCAUCAAGAACUCUUCAAGGCCUUACCGAUCACCUCAUCACCGACAUCCUCACCCGCGCGCUCAACCACAUCAUCCACUGAUACCUUAAGCCGGUUUUCCCCGGGUGAUGAGAUUGAUGAGUCGCCAGACUCCGACCGGUUGUUUGAUCACGAGAAAGCGUCCAUCAAGGAUAGCUUGUUCGAUAAAUCCUCGCUCAUCGAAUUCGAACUUGGUGAUCUUUUUGACGAUGGUGCUUGUGAUGAUGAUGUUUUAGGCCGAUUGUUUCAGGAUGAAGAAGAUGGCGUUUAUGAUGAUUCUUCGGUCUUCGAAUUCGCACUCGGUGAACUUGAUGAUAUUCCUGUUCCGCCGCCAGGGAUAGAUCGAUCCCGACCCAUUGAAUUUUUCAAUCUUACCUACGACGACAUGGUUUUCAUUCAGAACAAACUCGCGUCUGUUGCUUUUCCGCCAUCCUCCCGAGGCAGCGCGACUCAAGCUCAAUAUUCAGCUCAGCCCACGGACACCUGGCCACCUCAACGCCCACAAAGUCAUGGACCUAUGCACUCAUCCCACCAACCAUUCCAGCCCAAUCUUUCGAUAUCACCUUCCUUCAGUAGUACCUUGAACUCGCACAGCUCACUGAGCAGCCAAGAUCCUUCGCCUUCCAUCUUGUCGCCUCGUUCGAGUGCGUUACAGCAGCGUCUCAAUCAGGCUAAGGCCGCCGCCAGAAUCCGAUCCUCUCACACUAGUGGGACUGCGUCCCCUCAGCCCUCAAAUGAAAUUCUGUCACCUACACGAAUUUCACUUCGUGAAAAUCUGAUUGCCCACAACCAACUGCUUUCACCCUCUUCAUCCGAUGGUCCCGAUGUCUUGUGUUUUCCGUUGACACCCCCCAUCCACCACCUUGUCCGAUCACCUGAAGCAGAGCAGUCUUGCAUUCCCUCCAGUGCUGGUAUGUCUGCAAUUUACUCGUACAACGAUACCUUUGGGGCAGACUCCGUCAUCGGCCAUUCUAAUCAAGCUCCCAAUCUACGCGGACGUCGGCCUGUCCUCACAUCGAUACUUUUUCAAGAUGUGGAAGCCCAAGCAUUUGCAGCCAACGCAGCCUUACGUAAGACAUACACGGUCGACCCUGAAGCGCUAUCCAACGGUAAAAAGGCACCUCCGAGAAAGAGGACGAUUUGUACGACUCACAUUGGCGCGCCUAAACUAGUGUCAGCAUCUGCGUUUCUGCCCGGACUUCGAUUGGAAGGACAAGAGCCGGAGAGUAGGCCCGCCGUACCCCAGCAGUCCAAAGGUAUAUUGAAAGGCGGGUUCAGGCUGAGAAUCAACAAAAAAAAGCCAUCCGACUUGGCGCUCAAUCGGCAGAAUAUCGACACCUCGAUCGAAGAACCAUCCGGCCAAGUCAAGUCGUUUAUCAGCGAUCCCAACUUACGUCAAAACGUUUGCCGUCCGCACUUCAACUCUACAUCACUGUACGCCGGGCACGCGCCCACGGUACCUUCAAGUCAGCCCGACCGACGGGGCUCCCUCGACCAACCCGAAUCGCCCGUUUCUCCAAAACACGCGCCGGCCUUCACUUCGUUUCGCAAAUUGGUGAACACCGUAGCAGCCUUCAAACUCCAUCACGCUGGAGGCCACCCGACAAAUCCAGCUGUUGCUGUCAGCGAAGCAGCUCCUCCAGAUGAUCGAGUGCCCCAAUCCAUCCUGGGUGAAAACGCGGUGGAAACGAUGGAUACGGCCUAUGAACCAGACUCAUCCCCACUAGACGCAACUGAGCAGGAUCCAUUCGGCAGAUCGGCCGGAUUAGUAAGCCGUCUUGACAGCCAUUAUUCCGCCGCUCCCGGGCCAGAAACGAAGCUGGCCGUCUGA